CAUCUCACAUCAAACAAUGGAGACGUAAAGAAAGUGCAACAGCAAUAAUCAAAUCAAUGCUGUGAAUCUGGCCAUGGCGAUGGAAAUCGAUACAUCGAUGGCAGAAGCACAGCCAAUGACCAACACAAACGGAUCAUCACAACAGGAUAGCGAUACAUCCAUACAAAAAGCAAACGCAUUGGCUUCUUCUCUGUUUCAAAAUGCAAAUAUCAAAAUAAUAGCUCGUGCGAUCGAUCAAACACUCAAAGCAUUACUGAUCCAGAUUGGAAUCGCAAUACGUGCUCGUGUACGGCUGAAUAAUGUCUUGGAAUCGAUCAAAACGAGGAUACAAUUUCAAGCCGAUAUCCCGGCAAAUGUCACAACGAAUCCUUCCUCUCUCUUCUCAGGCGAAGAGCUAAUCAUUCUACAGCAAUUCGGCCUACAACCUGAAAAGAUCAUCUUGUCAAGUCAAAGUGGUAUUCCUAUUAACAUUGGCAAGACUGUUCCCAAUUAUGAAGCAUUAGAACGGGAAUGUGUACGAUAUAGAGCGCUUACGUCACAGCUAGCAUUCAUCGUAGACCAUGCAAGACACUCCUUGCAAUCAGCACUUCCACAAGCACUUGAACGAGAAGCAAAACAACAAGAAGAACAAAGGAUCAAAGAUCAACUAGCAGCGGCCGAAGCAGCAGAAGCACAACGAAUCAAAGAUGAACAAGCAGCCAAAGCAGCAGAAGAGGCUGCAGCUAAGCAAGCACAAUCAGCACCUGCUCCCGCCGCAAAAGAAGGUGGAGAUGCUAUUGUGCUGGAUGAUGAUGACGAAGAUGACGAUGUACCUUUGGCAGGAAAACCAACAAAUGCAAACAGCAGCUCGAAUAACAAUGAUGCGAUCGAUCUAACGGAUGAAAGCCCGGCAAAUAAAGUUGUACCGCUGCCAGCAACAUCAACUGUCGUUCCUGCUUCUGAACCAAGUACGGGCGCUUUACCGACCGAUCCAGCCGCUCUUCUGGCACAAUUGACAGCAGCCGUUUCUGGCUCAUCCACAUUUGCGUCCAACAAAGAUGGACAAUCUACCACCACUUCUCAACCCAGUGAUGGAAAUGCUUUGAGUAAUUUUGAUUUUUCUUCUUUUGGUUUGAGUAAUCCGAUGGAUACAACCGCAAACGAUAAAGAUGCAUCUAAUCCAAAUACGAUGGACAACAUGUUUGGAGAUAUUGGAACAAGUUUGAAUAUGGGAUAUGAUGGUUCCAAUGAUGCGGCAAACGGUGGUUUGGGUGAUGUCAAUUUACUCAACUUCAAUCCGGAACAAUUUGAGGGUGUCGAUCUAAGCUUCUUAAACAACUUAGGCGGCGGAUCUGGAGAUGGAGGAACAUCUAACAAUGAGAACGAUAGCAAUUUGCUCGGCAAUAUUGACUUCAGCGCAUUGCUUGGUGGUGGCGGUGGCGGCAAUGGAACAUAAUGUAUGAAUUGCAAUGUACUUCUAGCUCAAUAAAAAUGUAUAUCAUGAU